ACAUGUGAAGUGUUACUAUUAGGUGGGUUAAAUGGUCACAGUUCCUAUUUCAGAUGUUGUUAGUGUGUACUGUGUAAAUUCAUUUUCGUCGUGAUUUAUGUGUGAUAAUUUUAGCAGGACUGCAGCGCCCAUUAUCGCCCCUUUGAACACGUCGGAUGCCAGACUGACACGCCUCAGAGUAUAUCGACGGGAACCCAAACAAACUCACCGGUGGGAAUGCAUUCUGUGGGAAUACUAAGUGCACGGUUGAAGUCGACAUCAGUCGGCACACAGUUGUCCAUGGGAUCGCUAAAGGCACACGUAAGAAGCAAAGGUAUGUAGCCACUAUGAGUUUUUAGUGUCUUAGUAUGCAAUCCAUACGAAACUUGGAGCAUCUUUUUCCUGUGUAUUGGGAUGUUGUAUUUUUUUAAUAUGGGCUAUGCAUACGUUCAUUUAUCACAUAAUUACUUUCUACUAACAAUUCGAUAAAAACAUCUGCUAAAUAACUUCAUAACCAAAUAGGAUAUGAUUUAUAUUUGCAAAUGGCUUCUUGUAUGUGUGAUGGGAAACAAAGGUUUAAUCUGCAGUGUUACUCCAAUACCAAGGAAAAAACAACAGCUAAAUUAUUAUUUCCGGUUUCUAAUACGAUUUGUUUCUGUUAUUUGUAGCCAUGCAGACACGGGUGUCUCCUGUCAGUGCAGACUUCGGAACAACCGCUCAUUUGCAAGACUCACUGCUGACUUCAACCCCAAUAAAGGGCCCAGGCUGGCGACCUAGCAAGAGACCACGGCUUGAGUUGGAGGAAGAGGAGGAGAGUGACUCCUCAAAUGAAUCACAUAAAGAUCCGCUGGACUCGACAUACAACCCUGGUGACUCUGUUCUUACAGAGGAAACUGACGUCUCGUAAGUUUUUAGUAUUGGCUGCAUCGUACUAAAAGCAGCAUUGGCUAGGGAUUGGUAGCUACCAGUUUCACAGUAUUUCUAAUAUUAUUCUGCCUUAUGUUUUCUGCCUUAUGUUAGGUAUGAGACACAGCCCACACCGAAGGAGGCUAAGUAUAUUGUCUUUGAAAGCUGCCUCAAACAGCUGUUAGAAAACUGCCCGUGUGUAAGGGAGGCUGUGAUCUUCAACAGCGAAGGAUCGGUACCUAUGUGGCUUUCACUCAGAAAUGUCUACACUGCAGCUACUUCAGACAUUGGGAGAGUCAGCCCAUGGCUGGAAAUACCCUCAUCGGCAACCUGCAACUUUCAGCUGCUACCUACUUCACAGGGUCCUCCUUCAUCCAACUACAAAAGGUGUGUGAGGCCAUGCAACUCCAGAUAUUUCAGUAUGACACCUUCAGGAGGCAUGCAAGGAAUUACAUGGAACCGGCUAUUGUUCACAAGUGGAAGAUGGAUCAGCAGCAUAAUUUCCAGCUACAGUUGCGCCUUGGUGGGUCAGUUGCAGUGGGAGGAGAUAUGAGGGCAGAUUCUCCAGGUUUGUAGAAAUGGGAAAGCCUGACAAUUGAAUAAGUAGUCUGCAUUAUGAAACAUGUUGUCCCUUGAACGUGUGCUGUCAAGCAUUCUGUAAUACAUUUUUUUUUUAAGGCACUCAGCUAAGUUUGACAGCUACUCAUUAAUGAAUCUGGAGAGCAACACCGUUAUGGACAUUCAACUUGUUCAGAGCAAUGAAGUAGGCGGCAGUUACCACAUGGAGAAGGAGGGACUCAAAAGAUGCCUAGAUCAUCUGGAGGCAAACGGAUUUAAGGCGGAUUACAUUGUUACAGACCGCCAUCCACAGAUCCAGAAAUAUCUGAGGGAACGGAACAUCACGCAGUUCUAUGACGUCUGGCACUUUGAGAAAGGUUUGUCUAAGAAACUGGAGAAAGCAUCGCACAAAGAAAACAUUCUUAAGAAAUGGCUACAGAGCAUCAAGAACCAUGUGUACUGGUGCGCUACGUCAUCAACCACUGGACCGGAAAAAGUGGCAAAGUGGACAUCGCUGCUAAAUCACUUGCGAAAUGUUCAUGAUCAUGAAGACCCCCUUUUCCCCAAAUGUCUGCAUCCUGAACGAGCGUCGAGGGACCCCAACAAAUGGCUACAUCCUGGGUCAGUUGCACUUCACAAAGCUGAGAAACUACUGCUUAACAAACGAGUUCUGAAGGAUGUAGCAAAACUCAGCCAUCAUCACCAGACGUCAUCGCUGGAGUCAUUCCACAGUCUGACACUGCGUUUUUCCCUUCAUGCGAAUGUUGUGCAGGUAAUAAUUUACACCAUCUCGUAAUUGUGAAAGUCAUUGAUUGGAAUGAUUGUCAGGCACACUCUGUGUUGUUGAAUGGCUGUGCUUUUAUUUUUUUUACUAUAGGUUGUAUGUAUCUUGCAUCAAUGCACCACAACGAAAAUGCUUCACGGGUGCAAGCUACGACUUCUGCAGGGCAGGCUGUUUAUAAAGUUGUCUAUCCAAAGGCGAAGAUGGGGGAAGGUGUUGUGAAGCCCGUGAAAACAGAUCCAACAUUCAGUACAUUUGUAAAAGAUAAUCUUUAAACACGCACGCGCACACACACAAAUCAGUUUAGAUUGUUAUGGCUACAUUCAUUAGUAUGUUAAUGCUAUAUCUUCCAGACUAUGUACAUGACCUCAUGAGGCUGCUCAUGGAGGUUUUUGAGGACCCAAAAUCAUUUGACAAGGAAAUGAAGACUAUCCCCAUCCCUCCAGACCUUUCAGCAGAAAAUACACGCACUCCGAAAGCUGAGCUGGUUGCCCGUCACGUCUCCCGCUUCAAUCUAGAGGUGGUCUGAAGCCUACGUAGUCACCAGAUGGGAACUGCUGCCGUAUCCGCUGCACCACACAUGACGGGAGGACGACCCGACAACUAUGUCCUAAAUAUCGCCAGCACCAGCUUACAAAGCUGCGAUAGGCAAGAUGCCUGAAACGCCUAAGGGAAAAAGAGCAGCACUUUCAGACCACCUGUUUUCAACAAUAACCUCUUAUAGGCUGGGCCUACACUGGGCCUUACUGUGCACCCCCCACCUCCCAACGAAACCAACUAUUUUUGAAUGGUCUGACCAUGCUGAACAUAAAAGACAGGACCUGUGCACAGAUUAUGGAGCAUACACGCAGACACAAUGAGCAUGACUACUAAAUCCAGUCUGGUGUUCUGGAGAUCUCUAACUCUCCUCCAUUUGCACUUUAGUCUACCGAAUGCCUGCUCUACCACUACUCGGCCUCUGCUUAUCUUAGAGUUGUUCAGUUGGUCCUGCAUGGUGAGGGCUCCGUUGUCCCUCUUCGGGGUCAUGAUGAAAGGGUAAGCUUGCCCAAUAUAGGCACUAUCCCCGAGCAACAUGAACCUCCCCAUCUUGUCGUUCCAGUUUUCAAAAAAAGUGGAUUUUCGUAGAAUUCUUGCAUCAUGCACCUUGCCAGGUGCACCCACAAAUAUGUCACGAAACCUCCCAGUCUCAUCCACAAUCCCUUGCAGAACAACAGAGUAAUAAUUUUUUCUGUUUAAGUAGUCCCCCCCUCUGGUGUGUGGUCUUUGUAUCUUUAUGUGGCAGCCAUCAAUGGCCCCAAUAAUUCCUUGUAUGCCACACUUUGUGUUGAAAGCAGCAGAGGAGGCUGUCUUCUCACAAAUGGUGGGCCAGCUGACAAAAGAGGGCACCAUGUUGUAAAAAGCUGAGAGCACUUCAACAAUACAUCUAUGGGCUGAUGAUUGUGACAUGUUAAAUUUGUCUGACAUUUCACGAAAACUAUUCUGAUUGGCCAAAUACCACAAAAAAAGUGCAAGCUUUUGUCUCAGAGGAAUGGAAGAAGGGCCUCCUGUGUGCUCUUCAUUUAGGCCCAGCUGCUUCAGUAGGUAAGUUAUGUAAUCAAACUGGGAGUGGUUAAUGCAAAGAUGUCUGUAAAAUGUGUGUUCAACCAUUUGAAAUAGUAUUUCCCAUUCGGUACCAGUCUUGAGAAUUUGCCGUGGUAUAACACAUUGGCCAAGUAUUGAUAUUCUGAAAAGGAGAACAUAAAGUGAAUUAGUUCCUAAAUUACGGACAGAUUUAAAAAAAAUUGAAUGCCACAUCAAAAUACAAAUACCAAACACCAGAGGGGGGGCACUACUUAAAGGUUGCGUAGGUGAUUCGCUUUUUUGGCCAUUUUUGCAAAAUUACUUGAAAUCGUUAUCAUAACCCGCUUACAGCCACUGAGUUAGAAGUACUGACAUGAAAAUUAAACUUGUCAAUCAUCUGUGGAACGGGCAGGGCUCGAAAAACUCCAGCCAAUCAUUUCCAUUGCCACCGAGUUUCAUUGGA